GCACCCAGGUGGCUGUCCAUCGUAGGUCUCUUGAUACCUGCUCUGAUUGGUGGUGCUCUGCUUUCUUUUGAGGGCAUCGGUCGUCCAGCUGGGUCUCUCGCUGGUAUCUAUUUGGUCAACUUUAUUGUGGCUCCGUUGGCUAUCAUAUAUGAUUGGGUUGGCGCUAAUUACAACGGCCACACGCAGAAAGUGACUGCAAGUGCUGUGAUUUCUGCUGCGUUCGGCGUUGCAAAUAUCAUCGGUCCCCAAACAUACCAAAAGGACGAUGCUCCAGGAUAUCUUCCAGCCAAAAUUACCCUGAUGGUUGUCAUCGCGUUUGCUAUUCCUAUCACGCUAGCACUACGUGCACUCUAUGUCCAUCGAAACUCGAGACGAGCAUCUGACGAAUGCGAGUAUCGCUUGUGA